UAAGAGAAAUUCCCCCCUCCUUCCCACCCACACACGCAGGUUUGUGUCGAGCUCUGUCUGAUGCGCUUUCACCCUUCAGCUUAGAGAGGAUGAAACUCAGAGCACGACCACUUGUCACUUGAUAGAAUGGCAGUGUGGCUGAAACAGGCAGUUCUGCUGUUACUCACAGUGGCAGAAGCAGCCGUGGUGGGAAAUUCAAAUGAAAUUAUUCUGAGUGAGUCUGGAGGUCAUGGAUCACCCAGGGAACAGUGGAAUAUUUCUGCUCGCUCUCUAAAAUUCCAGUGUGGCAUACCAAUUGAUGGUAACCGCUAUCGAGUGAUUUUUUAUUUCAAGGAUCCAAAUACCAACAUUACCCUGAACUGUAGCACUAUGAUUCGGGGAAACUCAAAUUCCUCCACUACUCUACCAAAGGAGGAGCAAACAGGAAAGUGCCAAAAUAAAACACAGCCCAACAAGUGCUGCGGUACAACAUGGGAAAUACAAAACCUUACCAGUGCAAACAAUGGAUUUUACUAUUGUGAAACUGUAGUAGAGCUUCCUAAGCUAACUAAGAUCAAGAGCAUGGAAGUGGAAGUUUUCAUUGUACCACCAGUAAACAUCCCAUCCUCCUCACUGUGGCUGUGGCUCCUGGUGGGUGUGUCUUCUCUCAUCGUGGUCAUCCUGAUGGUUCUAUGUGUGAUCUUCAGAAGAGCGUGCCUCAGAGAGGAACUAGACCCCGUCUAUGCAAACACCCAACCCAAGAGCAAGGAGUGCUCGCCCCGGCCUGCGCCCCGACCCGAUCAGCUAAAGCUGGACGGGCCCUAUCAGAACCUGCGGACCCCGAGCCCCUCCAGGAGGUACGAAGAGGGCAAACGCAGAUUCAGACCCUGACCAAACCAGGGGUGCACAGGACAAUCCAUCCCCCGAGUCUUUAUGUUAUCUGCUUCUAACCAUUAAUUUCCGUUUAUCUUACUUUCUUUCUUUUUUUUUGGAAAUAUAUGUAUCGAACAAAUAGCUUGAAAUAUAAUGUAUAUAGGUUGUUCUGUUUUUGUCAUGCAACUCUAAAAUGUUGCCUGUAAGUUGUCUUUUUUUCUAUCCGUGCAAUUGUUCAGAUGAUUGCUUUUGAAAAUUUUAAAUGUGAUUAAAUGUAUAAUAAAUAUAAUAACAAUUGCAUAUAGUCGCACAAAAGAAACAUUAACACUUUACUUUUUUGUUUGUUUAUGUUUUUUAAUAGGAAGUUGUCUUGCACUUUGUUAAAUUCUCGUGGUGACAUGUUCACUUUGGGCCACAGUUGUUGCUUCAGAGAUCGAGGUUGCCCCUUGAACAUUUCACAUCUCGUCUGAUCUCAGAAGCUGAGCAGGGUUAGUUAGGCCCUGGAGGUGACCUGUGACCACCAAGUGCUGUAAGAUACUGUUACCACCGGGAGGCGCUCUCGAGUGUUGCCUGUGCUGGUCCAAAGUCUGGUUGACUGCAGCAUGUUGGGUCAGAAACGGCACCCCCAAAACCCUGUGAAGCCAGAUCCCUGGUGUGAAUUGAGGAUUACAUCUCUAAGGAAACAGGAAACUGUAACUUUAAACCCAAUAGUUUCUCUCUGAGAGUCCAUCACACAUAUCUUAAACUAUUCAAAAUUGCUGUUUGUAAAAUAAAAAAUUAUAAAGACAGAAUUAAAAAAAAAAAGAAUCUGAACAUGAUACAUGUUAUUUGAGCACAAAGAAAGUAAAAAAGAAAUGUGUUUUCUUGAAAUGGUGGGCUUCUUAAAAUUAAAGGAUCCUCUUAAAACCUGCUCAACACGCAUUCCUUUUCUGAACCUGCUGGAUCCCUUCCAGGGUCUUAGAAUUGGAUGAGCCUGUCCUGGCUACUGUUGGGUGAAGGUGGGGUACACCCUGGAUAGGUUGCCAAUGUGUUGCAGUGCUGUACAUUUCCACAGUACACACACAAGUUAGAGUCCUUUGUAGAGACUUUGUAGCAUGUUUUUGGGCCAUGGAAGGAAGCUGUAGUGUCUCACAUGCAUGAGGACAAAGAUGAUGCCUAGGGUGAGACUGACGAUGUUAACAUGCUUACCACUACACCACUAUGACCCCCAUAGCACGUUCAUUUAAACCAGGAAGCUUUUUUAACCACAUUGUAGUUUUCAGUUCUUAAGAAUUAGCCUGACGUUGGUCAUUCUGUGUAUUAGUUCUCUUUUGCAUUGCUGAUGCAGUCAAUAAAUCCGUUCCUUUCAGUA